AUAAACAUGACCACAUGCGUCCCGAUUCGAUUUGCAGAGUACCUUCGUUCCAGAGAAAGCUCUUCUCCCCUUCCAACACUGGUAUUUGUUUACUGGGGAACACUGAAACACGUAUGUAAAACGAAAACAGAUAGAUGUGUCCACGGGGGAUUUACAGUCGGCCAAUCAAAUCGCAGCUAACAUUCUUUGCGAGAGACAACCCCGUACCAACAAUAAUUCAAUGUGCCUUGCUUAGUAAACCGCGUCGAAUGUGUAUGAUAAAAUCGUUAUCGCUCUGUACAGGCGCAGUUUGUGCAGACAGUAGAAAACACUGGUAUAUGCUUCAAAUGGAUUUAACAUAUACGGAAUCUCGAAAUAAGAUAUAAUGCAAUGUUUCAGUUCAUGAUAGUGAUAUUGAGAACAUGACUACCAGUUUCCCAAAGGAUAGUUAUAUUUUCUCUUGGAUUCAAUCAUGGACGCACCUGUAGAUUUUUCAUUGGAUAGAGCUCGGAUUUUGAAUGGAAACAUUACUUCUUACAAUGGGAGUAAUUUUAGUGAAUCUGGGAGAUCUUCUUCUGUUGGAGGAGGAGGAGGGUGUGUUCAGGAUCUCAAUCGAGGGUCUACAACCCCCUCCACCUCCACUGACUUCCAUAGAUAUUUUCAUCCGGCGGGAAUUGCUUUGACUGCUCAAGGUGCGUCCACUUAUCCCAUGAUGCACAGCUACUUGGCGGGAGGCAGCUCGGGAAUUCCUGAUCACCUAAAAAAUUUACUGCCAGAAUACUACGCAUCCCCUCCCGAAGGAUUGUCCCGUUACAUGUUUCCUGGACCUGGAUUCCUCCCCCCUUAUCUCCCGUCCUAUAUGUCCGCCACAGAUUCGUUGUCUUUAUUCGCCCAUUCCGCAGGAUCGUCGGCCUAUCACAGGAUUUAUGAUCUGCAUAAAGAAGCAGCUCUUUAUCACGGAGCAGCUCGUUCUGGGUUGUACAGUCCUCCAUCUUCCUCGUCAUCAUCAACGACAUCUGGAAGAUUAUCCUCCGAUCAUGCAUCUAAACGAGAUUCAAAAUCGACAGACUCCAAACGCUCAUUGGAUCUCAGCAAACAUGGCUCUCGCGACGAGGCAACUACAUCAAAAGUUAAAAUUUCCAAAGACAUUGACAGAAAAGAUGAACGAACGAACAAACGUCCAUGUGAACUGUCGCCGACUAGAAGUAGAAAGACUAAAAUUCCCAGAGUUUCAGAAAAUGACAAGAAAAUCGAGAAAGAAUGUCCAAAAGAAAAUCCGUCGACAUUGGUCUUAGAAUCCAAAAUCUUGAAUCAGACUACCAGUGAUGUAAACGUGACCAUUGACGAUUGCAAGAAAAUUGACAAAGAUGACGUUUUAGUGGAUUUAUCUAUUAAAAUUCCAAAAUCAGAGAUAAUAUCUCCCAAAACUGUGAAAACUAGUCCAACUGCUUCUGAUGUUUCUCAAGAGGAAAAAACUUCGCCUUGUUCAAAUAAAGACACUAAAUCAUCAGAAGACAACAAUACAAUGACCACCAAGACUACGACAACGUAUUCAAUGCCCUACUACCACUCAAUUUACUCUCACUCACAACCGGAGGGGGUCACGGACGGGAAGAAAGUCCAUGCACCCACUUUUACUCCGGAGAUCGUCACUUUACCGAGUGUGGUGCCCAUUUCAUCCCUUCCUGUACAAACAAUAGCGUGUGAUAUGAGAAUCAAGAAGGAAAAAACUUCCUCCUCAUAUUCAUGUUGUAACCAGUCAUCUGCAUUAACACAGAACACGACUGCCACUUGCCAAAUGAGUCCAAAAGCUCAGAAAAGUAACACUGCAUCAAAACAGAACGAUUCCCACGAACAAUUAAAAACUGACAGUAAUAAACGGAAAGGGAAAGACAAAUCGGCAUCUGGAAGAGAUAAUUCAAUAGAAAGUGAUAUUGACAAGCUCUCAAAGAAAACAAUAGAUUCAUGUCAAAGUAAUGUUAUGCAAAGUUCAAAAUGUUCAAAUAAAGGCAAAUCGAAUAACAGUUCCAAAACACAGUUAAGUGAAUCUAAUAAAACAGUGUCAAGCGAAAUCGUCACAGAUUUAUCAAAGAAAACAAAGAAUCAACCAACUGAGGUACUCUGUGAAAAAUCGGUUAUCAAGCCCAACACCAAAUCAGCUUCUUUUACAAAUGUGUCACCAAAUGAACAAAAUAGAGAAAUCCCUGGCUUGAGUCAAUCAUCCCAAUCCAGUACUGGAAAAGCAGCAGCCGACAAGGGAGAAAGAAGUGAUUCUUCGGCUGUUAACUUAGUCAAGGAGAAAUCUACAACUCCUGAAACUAACGUGACAAAAGCAGAACAACAGAGUUCAGAUAAUAAUGGACCAGAUAACACUCCUUGCGAUGUUACUUCAAAAAAGAAGGCUGGGAAACAGUCAGGAAAAAGACAGACUGGAAAGCUGAAAUCAAGUCUGGAGGAUGGCACAGGAAUGAGUAAUAUACCAAUUGGAAUAGCAGUAGCACAGAAACGUGAGGAUAAAAAGACCGACAAGACAGAGACAUUAAAUGAAACAACCUUUAAUAAUAGUGCACCUAAUGAGUCGUCAGCACGUACCCAUGGAGACUGUGUACAAGUUGUAUCCAACCAACGAGCUUUGUCUAAGUCGACCACCCCUAGUUCCUCUAUUUCUGAUAUGCGCAAUCAGCUUCCGGCAAACCUAAUUGUAACAGGUUCUGCAAAUGGCACCGGGGUGGCUUGGGCAGAUGACCCAUCCGCUCGACAUUUUACGCCACCAUGGAUUCAAUCUGGGCAUUCCACAAUCGGCCAAACGCCAUGGCUGUCUCAACUUCCAGCUUUUAACUUAAGCACUAGUAUCCCUACAUCUACCACCUCCAUCGAAGGGAACCAACUCCCCUUGACCAUUCCACCUGGAUACAAAUUGAUACAAGAUUCUGUCGGACAGCUUUUACUAAUACCUUCCGCAAAUAUUGACAUGUAUGAUCAUCAUCGUCUUUGGGCUUUUCCUGGAACACACACACCACAGAUACAACAAAUAUUUACAACACAGCAAGCUCCUCUUCAGCAUCAAGUCAUUGGGAACACUGCUGAUCGACCUUCUACCGACUUUACGCUUGGUGUAACGUAUCCCCAGCAGUUCCAGACCCUGUACCAGUCUCGUGAUGAUCAAAUGAUAGACAAGAAAAGCGUUCAAAUUUUGCAGCCAAAGGUCGUCUCUGAUCAAGAGAUCUUGGAAAAAGAUGUAACAACAGUCAAGGAAGAGGUGGCAUCAAAAGUGAACAAAGAAAGGGAGAAAAACGACAUUACCAAAGAAGAAGUACCUGCCGCUAAAGUACUGCCUACUUCAAAUCAAGUAGUGUUUCCUCCAGCUUUCAAUGCAGCAGUUGUUACCGACGUACCGUGUACCGUAAGUGUGGUGCAGGCUGUCAAAGCGGUGACGUCAUUAGUCCAGUCACGUGGCACGUCACCCAUGAUUCCUGGGACUGAAUGCGAAGACACGCCUCAGGAGAAGAUAGAGGAUGUGAACCAAAGUAAUGAAAUAUCUUCUGUUGAGGUCUCUGGUUUGUGUUCCAAAGGAGUUGCAGCUGUACAAACAGAGAGCACUCACAAAACGUCUAAAUCUGAUACCAAAUGUAAAAUUGAAAAAGAAGACUCAUUAAAGGAUUGUAGUGAAGAGAUUACAAGCAAUCAGUGUGCUAAAGCGGCUCUUCCUACCACCACAGUCAUCGGGGACGUGACAAUCGUAGAAAUGACACCGGACACUAAAUCACAUUCACAUGAAAUCGCAUCAAAUAUUGAUCAAAACAAAACAGAGAAACAUACCGAUCUAAUUCCGACAAAAACGGAACAAGAUAGCAAUAAUUACAAUCCCUUUUUAGAUCCUCAAAUUCUUCAAGCAGCAGAUGGAUUAGAACUUCUAAGUGCCUUGGCCGAACAACGGGCAAAAUUUGCCUCCCCUGAAAAAGAAGAGAGUAAGAUUGAUCAGACAGUUGCGAAAGAUCAAACAGAAUCAAAAACAUAUACAAAAACAAACCCAAAAGAUACAACUAAAACAAAAAGUGUGGAAAAGAAGGAGUCGAAAUCAGCGGUAAAACAAGUGCGAAAGAAGUCAGUGAGCAGGACACGAUCCCUCCCACCUGCUAAGCCAGACUGUAAAACCGAAGGAGGCAGUUAUUACACAUCUUCUGGUCUUCGUAUCCCUCAAGAUCUGGGUUCUUUUCUUGAAAUAGGAGACGAAGAAAUUAACGCCAUAGAACUAGAUAUGAGAAUUCGUCUGGCAGAACUUCAAAGGCUCUACAAAGAAAAACAAAAGUUGUAUGCAAAACUACAACCAAAGAAAAACGACAAAGAAAAGGAACGUGUCGAUGACAAGCAGCGGGGACCAGGACGGCCGAGAAAGAGACAAAAUACUACCGGAUCUCCCCAGGAUAACACCAACUCUGGUGACAAGACUAAGGGGAAAGAACCGCCCGUAAAGAAGAAGAAACAAGCCGAGGAGUUAGUAGAUAGGGUGUUUAGAAAAACGGGUGGAGGAUUUGGGAUGCCACUUAGCAAAAAGCUGAAGGCUAACGCUAUGGCAGCACUUUUUAAGACUCAAUCUGGCUUUACUAUGAAACGGAAAGGCAGCACAUCUGGCGGUCACGCCAGCGAGAACCAGGAUAAUCAUUUUCACUUUGGGAAGACUGGAUUUUCCACAUCUACAGAAAAGCCACUGGACUUCAAGGUGAAAAGAAAACAUUCUAAAUCGGAAGAAUCGAAACUAAAAUCGACAAAGAAAUCAUUUCAGAAACAUAAUUUAUUUGGAUCUGCGAUGAAGAUGUUUAAGAAGAUCAAGAAAUCAAGUUCACACUCCCAUGAAAAAGAUAAACACAGAUACAAGUACCAGGAUGGACUGUCAAUGCUUGCAAACUAUGCCGUCUGCCACCAACGAGAGCAGGAACGAUCGUCUUUUCGAGAUUUGCACGAGAACUCGCAAACAUCACAUAAGAAACAGAAGGAUAAGAAAAGGCGCGAAGAGAAGCAUGAAGAUCGGGCUGAAAGCAGACGCGAAGAUAAGGAGAGAUUGGUUGAUAAACAUGAAGACGAAAGCAAAGAGGGGUUGGAAGAUCGAUUAAGUCUGUGUAAGACUGAGCAUGAUAUUCCAAACGUUUUGGAGAGCAAAACAACUGUAGAUUUUGAGUCCUUGUCUGCACUUACUAAACCGCAUGUUUCUACUAACACUGACAUUAAAGAUUCCGAGAAAACGAGCAAGAGCGAAACUCCUUCAAACAGUGGAAAUAAAAAAAGGAAGCCUGGAAGACCCAGAAAAUGUACCCCAGAUCAGUCAGAAAAUGGGACAGAAACAAUUGUUGCAAAGACGGCCAAGAAUUUCAGACUGUACCAACUUCAGAAUUUUGAAAAAGACAGAAAGAUAAAGAUGGAAAACCAGGAAACGAUGAAACCUAUAUAUCUAGAUGAGGAGUGGUUACGAAGGCGAAGUGAGCGCAUCUUCUUGAGUGAUCCCAGCCCGCAGCCAUCGCCAAACUUAACGUCAUCCACAACACAGCAAAGCAAAUCAGCAAAUCAGCCACAGACGGCAUCUACAGUGACAAAAGUGACAAAACCUCACUGCAAUCAGGCUAAAUUACAAAAGGCUAAAAGUAUCAAAGAGUUGACUGACAAAGUCAAGAAAAAGUACUCAAAGAAGUUUCAGAAGAAUACAGACAAGAUAGAAAGGAGACCACCACACAAAAAGCAGCCAAAAUCGAAGGCUUUUAUCGACUCCGACAGCAGUAGUGAGAGCGAGAGUGAUGCAGACAAUAUACCACUCAGCGUGCUCCGAGAUCGCCCCCACACUCCAGAGCCUAAAACGUGUACCAUAGAUAAAGAUGAGUUGGUUGAUGGAUUAAGAGUCCUGGUUUUCAAAGAUGGUUUAUUCUACGAAGGAGCUGUUAAAGCGAUUCGUCCACCAGACGUUUACGGUGUUGUUGUGGAUAAUGCACGGGGAAAUCGACCUUAUAUUUACUCACAAGAAGAAAUGCUAAAGGAAGUGAUUUUAGAUGUAAGGCCUCAGUCCUCAAAGGUUCUUAAAGAAGGAACCAGAAUCUGUGCAUACUGGAGCCAGCAGUUUAGUUGUCUUUACCCAGGCACUAUUGCAAAAGCUAGUCCCAAUCCUCACUCUGAUAAAUCCAGCAUUAAUGUCGAGUUUGAUGAUGGAGAUUCAGGGAGAAUACCACUUGAUCACAUCCGAAUGCUGCCACGUGAUUUCCCAGUUGUCUCUUAUGACCCUAACCCUCUGUUGCUUAUUGGUAAGCGUAGAAGACACACCACAUCUGAAAGUGUUGAAUCAUCCACAAAGUUAUCUGAAAGAUCUGAGAGCAUGGACUCAAAACCAGCUCAGAAACGGGGCCCUGGUCGACCCCCAAAGCCAAAGCCUGACAGAAAGGAUGAAGAAGACUGUGAUAUUGAUGUUUGCGGACUUGAUGACGACAUAAAUGACGUGUUUUCACCAUCUGCCAACAGCAAUCAAAAGAAUGUUUCUCAAUCAAAUAGUAGUGAAGAUAGAAAAACUGAGAAAAACAAAACGAACAAAUCCAAGAAGGAAAAGUCAAAGGAUUCAGCUAAAAGUAACCAAGAACAAGGUAAAAAUAAGUUUUAUCACAGUCUGGGAAAUUUGAAGAAGGCGUCUUCUCUCGAUAAAAAACCUUUUUACAAGUCAACCCCUUCAUUGUCUCGAAAAGGCGGAAGUGACGUAAAAAUGGAACAAUCUACGCAUUCUCAAGAUGUAAAUUCGGUUGAUGACACAGAAAGAGGUAGAACAAUAUGUACUCCAUUCAACAACUUGAAUAGAUCUAGUACAAUUGAGCCAAAGGCGGCAGCAUUUAUACCUGCUCGACAACUCUGGGAAUGGUCUGGAAAAAGUACAAAAAGACCUGGAUUAAAAGGGAAGGCAAAGAAGGAAUUCUACCGAUCUAUUAUCAGGAACAAAGAGCAUAUAUCCGUUGGGGAUUGCGCAGUGUUUCUAUCCACCGGACGUCCUCAUUUGCCAUAUGUGGGCAGAAUAGAUAGCAUGUGGGAGGCAUGGGGAGGACAAAUGGUGGUCAAGGUCAAAUGGUUCUACCACCCAGAGGAAACCAGAGGUGGAAAGAAACUACACGACAUGAAGGGUGCUUUGUUUCAGUCUCCACAUAUUGAUGAAAAUGAUGUUCAAACAAUUUCUCACAAAUGUGAAGUAUUAUCUUACACGGAAUACAGGAAAACACAGAGACCUGAUAAUCUGGUAACAAAGGAAACAGACGUUUACUAUUUAGCGGGGACAUAUGAACCGACUAUUGGACUACUGAAGUUUGAAAAGGACGUGAUGUAAUUUACGAAAUAUGUUGAUAACAUGUCUUUGUGACAAUGUACCGCAAACAAAAAUGUUGAAAUAAUUUGUUAAUAUUUGUAGUUGUUAAAAACUGUGAUAAGAUUUUUUAUGUUCUUAAAUAUAAAUGUCCGUAAUAUUUUCAAAACAUUAAAUAACAAGUAGCUGGCAAUUUAUUUCUG